GGAAGAAAGUGGUUCGCCCUCGAGCGGAAGCGUGUCCCGUGUCCGUGCCCGUGCUCGACGGGACGGGAUGGGAUGGGAUGCUCAGCGUGCACGGAUCUGGGCUUUUCUGAUGCUGGGACUUUGGAGGAGAGGAGCACGAGGGGGAGGAGGGGACAGAAGGGAACGGUUAUCGAGCCAGAAGUGGUGAGUUACCAAUUGUGCACCUAAAGCCUGCUCUCUUCACCAGUCUGCGACUAGCACUCUCAAGCGUCGACCAUCCCUAGCACAACAGCAUGUCGUCGUCCUCGUCGUCGCCCCAGCAGAACCGCCAGAGCGUGGUUCACCAACCUUCACGAAUUGCAACUAUCAACCCUUCUUUGAUGAAACUAAAGCUUUUGGAGGUAUUGAGAAACAGCGACAAUGUCAAGUUGUUGGAACUGGUCAGCCAAAUUGAUAGCGAUCCUUCAAACUAUGACCUCAUGAAACUAAAAAGUGAAUUGUUAUUGUAUGCCGUCCAGGUUGGCCCUCUCACGAUCAACAAAUUCAUCGUUGAAACAGGUCUAGCAGACGUUAACGCACAAGAUGCGGAUGGAAAUACGGCUCUUCAUUUGGCUGCUAUUUCAAACAGAAAUGACGUGAUUGAAUUUUUGUUGAGCCUGCCCAACAUUAACGAUUGUUUGUACAACAAGAACCUGAAACAGCCUAUUCAAUGUACCACCAAUGUAGGGACUGCUCAGUUAAUGGAUUAUCUAAGAAACAAGCAUAUUGAGCAAAUCGCAUCAGAAUUGAGAAGUGGUUUCGAAUCUAGAAAUUUCGAACUUUUGGAUAAACUACUGACGAAUCCGAGAGAUAAAGAAUUGCUAGAUAUAAACGGGACCGAUCCUGUUACCGGCGAUACCGUUCUUAUAGAGUUUGUCAAAAAAAACGAUUAUGAUAUGGUCAAAUUCAUUUUAGACCAUGGCGGUGAUCCUUUCAAAAGGAGCCUUUCAGGUAAAUUACCAGAAGAAUCAACCCUGGAUUUGGACAUGAAAAAAAUUAUAGAGGACUCUUUCGCAAAGCAGAAUAUCAUGGAUUCAACUUCCCAUCCUCAAGAAGGUUCACCAACCUGCAAAGGUUUUCUAAAAAAAUGGACCAAUUUUGCAGGAGGCUACAAAUUGAGAUGGUUUGUGCUUGACAGCGAGGCUAGACUCUCUUACUAUAAGUCUCCGAAUGAUAUGAACAAUACCUGUAGAGGAUUGAUCCAUCUAGCACAUGCUAUGCUCAAGGUUGACAGUUCCGAAAAUACCAAGUUUGAAAUCAUCAUCCAGAAUCCAUCGGAUGGCUCUCCUGUUAGAUGGCAUUUAAAGGCAGAACAUUCUACAGAAGCUCAAAAAUGGAUUUGGGUUCUUCAAAAUGCAAUAAGAUAUGCCAAGGAUAAUUUAAAAAAACAACGGAAAUCGGUGAUGCUGUCCCAUAUCUUGAACGAAGAUCUACCUGUUGAAUCCUCUCAUCAUAACUCAAACCAACACAGUCGUGAAUACGAUGAUUCCGAAGAGCAACUUCGUCUUCCCACCUCUACUUUAGCAGGCCCUCGUGGCUCUGAACCUUCAUCUGUUGAACAUAGGCCCGUCAACUCCAUUAUUUUGGAUGCUCAUAGAGCUUCCAAUGAGUUCAAGGAUUUGGUUCGAAUUACUGAUUCUGAGGCAGAUCUGCCUUUGCAUAUACAUACUAACAACCUGAAAAAGAAGGAAAUUUUUAGAAGUAUGAACAUGAGUCCAAUGGAAAAUCCAGUCAUACUGAAAGGUAAUGCUAAUGAUAAUGAUAAUGAUGAUAACAUAGAUAAAGCUGAAAAUGAUGAUAAUGAAAGCAAAAAUAAUGAUAAUAUCAACAGUAAUCACAAUUUGAAUGUUGAAGAUGUUCGAAAUACUAAUAUUCCUGAAAAUGAGAGUUUUGACAGUUUGAGAAACCAAGUUGGACCUGUACCGGACAGGACUUCCCAGUAUAACAAUAAUAGUAAUAAGCCAAGUUCCCAUGAUACUCCAAAUACAGCAGAGUCUCAUCAUCACCAUCAUAAUAGAACGCCCUCGAUUGCAUCGAAUAGUUCGGAGCGUUCUAAGAACUCCUCUUUAGCCAAAAAGUUAUACAAAAAACCUCUGAAACAGCUUAGUAAGAUAGGGAGAAAAACGAGAGAUUCUUUUGUAGUUGACCAUGAAGGUAGAGAACCUAAAGAACAUAAAUCUUCACGCCAUUCAUCCUCUUCUGCUGCUAAUUUGAGCCACAGUAAUGCUUCACAUGCGUCAUUUGCAUCGAACUCUAGCUCUAUAUCUUCUCCAGAUUUGAGGGGUAGAAAUGAAUUUGAUACAGCCUAUGAUUCAAGGGUUGAAAUUGGCGAUGCAGAUGAUGAUGAGGAUGAUGAAGAUGAUGAAGAUGAUUUUUCCCCAAGUAUCAAUCAAAGAAACAGUGCUAAUGCGAACACUGAUCUAUACGUCGUCAGAAAUCAGAUCACAAUCCAACUUAAAACUUUCAAAGAUUUCUUAGACUCCUCAGUACAUGACGAUUCAAUUAGUAAAGGAGAUUUGGCUGAAAUGUCAAACGGAAUUUUAGCCACCUUGAAUCUUUUACUCAAUCAAGAGGGCGACUGUAUUAAUAGCAAAUAUAACGAGUUGGUGAGGCGUUUAGAAAAGCAACAAAAAAUUUCUUCGAUCUGGGAAAACUCAAUCAAACAAUUAGAGUACGAAAUCCGUGAAAGAGAAACCAAAAUUGUUGAGUUAGAAGACAAAUUAAGAGCAUUGAAAAAAUCUCUCAGAAACAGUGUUAGCCAGUUACAACAUGCAAAUAGUGUUUACAGUACUAAGGGUGAUCAACAACUGCGUGGUCUACCAUCAGAACGUGAACAUGUUUCAAAUGCUACAUCUGCUGCUGCUCUUGCAAGACAGGCUUUGACUGCAAACAUGAACAAAAACAUUCCUCCAAUUCCAACAAGCGCACCACCCUUUGAUGCAAUCAAGCAGCAACAAGAGGAGAAGCGUGCUUUGCAACAACAACAGGACCUUCAACAAAGGUUUCAAACUCAAGACAAGGCUAUUCAUAGUAUGGAUCUCAGCAAGGAACCUUCUUAUGCCUCUCAACCUACUCCUUUUGACCCUACGUUGACGGAGUUUUUGGAAGAGUCUGAUGAUAGUGAGGAUGAAUUCUUUGACGCUGAGGAUGUCGUGAAGGAUAUGUCAGUUCUAGAGAGGAGAGAAACAUUAAGAAAUCGGAGAAACAAACAAUCUAAGUCUCCGAACAGUGAAUUUUUGUCUCAACCGCAACAACAGCAAGAAACACUUCAACGUCAGUCUACUGCACAAGGUCAAAUUCCAGCAAUCCCUACUGAAUUACCUCCACCUAUUCCACAUGAGAUGGAUUCCGAAGAACAGCCUUCGGACCAGAGUAAUGGAUCCCCUACGGGAAUUAGCAAAGGUGCUGCUGUACCUAUCGAAACAGCAGCAUCUUCUCAGCAAGAGGAGUUGAGUGUUCAGCCCUCAGAAGCCACCGCUGUCAAUAACGAUGCCAUCGAAAAGAAAGAGGAAACUCCAAAGCCCAAUUUCAAACCUAAUACUGACAGUGACGGCCACUACAUUGUGAACAAACAUGAUUUGACUAGCGAAAUCCAAUCUAACAGAUAUGGCAAGAUCUUGGACGAGCAAUCAUUUGAAGGGUAUGAAGAUCCUUUGAGGUUAUCGCUGGCUCCAGAAGACAAUCGUCCUAAGAUGUCUUUGUGGGGUGUUUUGAAAUCAUUAGUCGGUAAGGAUAUGACCAAAAUGACCCUACCUGUUACAUUCAAUGAGCCUACCUCUUUAUUGCAAAGAAAUGUUGAAGUCAUAGAGUAUUCUGACUUAUUGGAUAAAGCUGCCGCAAUGGAAUCUUCAACUUUGAGGUUGGUUUACGUUGCUACUUUUGCAGCUUCCGAAUAUGCAUCUACUGUCGGUAGAAUUGCUAAGCCUUUCAAUCCACUAUUGGGGGAAACAUUUGAAUAUGCAAGACCAGAUAAAGGAUAUAGAUGUUUUGUUGAGCAAGUCAGUCACCACCCUCCGAUUUCAGCUUUAGUCGCUGAAUCACCAUGUUGGUCAUACUAUGGUGAAUCAAAUGUCAAAACAAAGUUUCUUGGCAGAUCUUUCGAUAUCAAGCAUCUGGGUACUUGGUUCUGUGAAGUAUAUCCCGAUGCUGGUGUUGAAUGUAAGAAUGGUCAAAAAUCUGACAAAGAAGUUUAUUCAUGGAGAAAGGUUAACAACUCUGUUAUUGGCAUCAUUGUUGGUAAUCCAACCAUUGAUAACUACGGUGACAUGGAAAUUCACAACCAUAUGACAGGGGACUACAUGAAGUUCAACUUUAAGCCGAGAGGUUGGAGAGCUUCUUCGGCUUAUGAAGUCAAAGGUGAAGUUUUUGAUUCUUCUGGUAAAUUGGUCUACUAUGUUGGCGGUCAUUGGAACAGCAAAAUUUUCUGUAAGCCAGCUGAUGAUAAAAAUGCCGAAAGGUUCUUAGUUUGGGAAGCAGCUCCAAGAAAGGAGAUGAUGUUCCACCUAACCAAUUUUGCUGCUACAUUAAAUGCUCCCCAGCCACACCUACUGCCAAAAGUGGCUUGUACUGAUACUAGAUUGAGACCAGAUCAACGUGCAAUGGAAAACGGUGAUUACGAUCUGGCAGCUGAAGAGAAGAAUAGAGUGGAGGAGAAACAAAGAGAAGCCAGACGUCAAAGAGAAUUGAAGGGCGAAGUUUACCAACCUACCUUCUUCAAUAGAAGCAAACAUCCCGUUACAGGUGAAGAUUACUGGGAAUAUAAAAACUUGUAUUGGAGAGAAAGAAUGGAGGGUAAACUUAAGGACUACAAUGAUAUCUUUUAAUUGGUUCCUGUUUCAUCUUUUUCCUGUUAAUUUGUUACUAUAUUCUUUUUUCUAUUAUUACUUUAUUUAUUUGUUACUUUUUUUUUCC